CUCAGGGGUGGGGCCAAUGUCCAGCGCUGCCGCCUGACUCCUAGACCAAAAGUCAGUCCUCUCCUCCGUAUGUCCCGCCCAGGCCUGACUCUCGGCUCACGGGCGGCGGAACCACGCCCCCCGGCGCCAGACGCGGGGACCAGCGCCGGCCGGGUCUCUCCACCUAGAUCCCCCCUGCCAGGGGAAAGGCGCAGGCGCCUCACGCAGCCUCUCUGCAGCUCUCAAACCCGCGUUGGCACUCUCCUCCCUACCAUCCUCUCCUCCCCCGCGCGGCCCCGAGCUGUCCGGGUGGGUGGGCAGAGCUGGAACGACCAGAGCCCUGCUCCGGAAGGGGCUUAAGGCAGCAGCCCUGUUACCUCCCAGAUGGCACAUAGGGCCGAGCCCCCCGACGGGGGCUGGGGAUGGGUGGUGGUGCUCUCGGCGUUUUUCCAGUCGGCGCUGGUGUUCGGAGUGCUCCGCUCCUUCGGCGUCUUCUUUGUGGAGUUCGUGGCGGCGUUUGAGGAGCCGGCAGCGCGAGUCUCCUGGAUCGCCUCCAUAGGAAUCGCGGUGCAGCAGUUCGGGAGUGAGUUGCUGCUCCUGGGUCCAGAGUCCUGUGACCCUCGACCCCCGGAAGGGAGAGGGGAUGCGGGGACCGUAAAGGAGAUGGGGGAGGGGCGAGGUCGGUGCUGGAGAAAGACGCCUGAGAUUUUCUCGCAGAACCCUUCCUCUUCUCCAGGCCCAGUGGGUAGUGCGCUGAGCACCAAGUUCGGGCCCCGGCCUGUGGUGAUGGCCGGGGGCAUCCUGGCUGCGUCGGGGAUGCUGCUCGCCUCCUUUGCUACCUCCUUGACCCACCUGUACCUGAGUAUUGGGCUGCUCUCAGGAUCUGGCUGGGCCUUGACCUUCACUCCAACCCUGGCCUGCCUGUCCCGUUACUUCUCUCGCCGGCGAUCCCUGGCCACCGGGCUGGCACUGAUGGGCGUGGGCCUCUCCUCCUUUGCUUUUGCUCCACUCUUCCAAUGGCUGCUCAGCCACUACGCCUGGCGGGGGGCCCUGCUGCUGGUGUCUGCCCUCUCCCUCCACUUGGUGGCCUGUGGUGCUCUUCUCCGCCCACUCUCCCUGGCUGAGGACCCUAUCGUGGGUGGCCCUGGGGCCCAACUUGCCUCCCUCCUCCAUCAUGGCCCCUUCCUCCGUUACACCGUUGCCCUCACCCUGAUCAACACUGGCUACUUUAUUCCCUACGUGCACCUGGUGCCCCAUCUUCGGGACCUGGAUUGGGACCCACUGCCUGCGGCCUUCCUACUCUCAGUGGCAGCUAUUUCUGACCUUGUGGGGCGUCUGGCUUCUGGGUGGCUAGGGGAUGCAGUCCCAGGGCCUGUGGCAAGACUCCUGAUGCUCUGGACCACCCUAACUGGGGUAAUACUGGCCCUGUACCCUGUGGCUCAGGCUCCCACAGCCCUCAUGGCUCUGACUGUGGCCUAUGGCUUCACAUCAGGGGCCCUGACCCCAGUGGCCUUCUCCGUGCUGCCUGAACUGGUGGGGACUGGAAAGAUAUACUGUGGCCUGGGACUGCUGCAGAUGGUAGAAAGCAUCGGGGGGCUGCUGGGGGCUCCUCUGUCAGGCUACCUCCGGGACAUGACAGGCAACUACACAGCUUCUUUUGUGGUAGCUGGGGCCUUCCUUCUUGCAGGGAGUGGAGUUCUCAUCACUUUGCCCCACUUCUUCUGCUUCUCAGCUCCUACCUCCAAGCCCCAGGACCUUGUAACAGAGGCACUGGAUACCAAAGUCCCCCUGCCCAAGGAGGGGCUGGGAGAGGACUGAACUCCAAGAAGCGGCAGUCAGACCCAGAAAGCCAGAGGUUGGCGGCCCCAGGCCUUCUCCUGCCCCAUCUUGGCACCCCUAGAACCACUGUGCCUUAAGCAUCUUGAUCUGCCUCCCCUCCCAGAGUGGGCCUGGAGCUCCUGCGAUGUGUGUGCCAACCCUUUGUAUUUUCUCGAGGAUUCUUCUCUCUUCUUUGCUCCCACAACCUUUUCUGAAGGAUCCAGAGUUCAGCCUGCUCCACUGAGCUGUGAAUCGACUGUGCAAAAUCAACGGCCAAGAGACUUAUCAUGUUUUACAUGUGAUCUCUAGUGUUACCUCCUAAGUUUCUUCCCUGAAGACAGAUCUCUGGGAAAGAGGGCGGACCCUCUGAGAUAAAACUGAGUAAGAAAACUAGACGAUAAUCAGAAUCUCAAAAAGAGCUGGGGCCCAUAUGCCUGGAUUGGUGGAGGGGAGGUAUCCAGGCACUCUGGUGACCCAGAGCAGAGACCCUGGACUCUGCUCUGUGGACCACAAUUCCUCCCACUUGCCCACUGACCUCCCUCUUUCCCACUAUCCUCUGUAACUUAGAAAAGAAAUUAAGAAAAUGGUGAGGGACAUGGAGGGAGGGGGUGCUAGUUGGGGAGGGGGAGAUAAAACAGAGC